UUAAUUUUUUUCAAGGAAAUUUUCCCCUGAAUUUAUCACCUUUCAAGAUACCAGUUUUGUCUUGAAAAAAAGUAAGCAAAAUGUUCACUCCAAGCAGAAAGAGAACUGGGCCAUCUUCAAGUGGAAGAAGAUCCAACAUAUCAUUAAACACAACUCCCCGUCUCAACUCAUCCCUGAGGACAUCAGGAACCUCCAGAGCAUCUUUGCUACGAAAAUCUUUUGCCGGAAGGAGUCCAGCUGUUGGGAGCACUUCUCUUAUAUCAUCAUCAUCCCCAACUGUGACUUCUGUAUUCAAUGCCACUCACCAUAACAUUGAAUCUUACCCGUCCUCAUUACCUGUGCUAAUUACUGAAGCCAUUACACAAGCAGACGAUUUUUCUGAUAUUUCGGCUUCACUGGGUGAAAAUGGUUGGUCCAUUGUAGUCAUCAAACAGCAACUGUUUGUGUGGGCGCAUAAACCAAGUGGGUAUGUCAAGACCACAGUGUGCAAAGAGUUACGUCUGCCUGCUCCUGAAGAUGACCUCAUGCACACGUCGAGCAACGUGUGUUUGGACGUGGACGAAGACAGUGCUGCGGUUUCAGUUCUUGCUGUUACGAACAAUUUCCAUGUGCAACACUGGCCAAACAUACUCACUUCUACAAGUAAUUGCAAUGAACUGAAACACGAGGCUUUUGUGGAGAAUGAAACAUGCUUCAAUAUUACAUCAAUCCAGCCUUAUGGUUUCUUGGUGACAACUACCACUGGUGCGGUUUAUCAGCUUCAGACCACAAAGAACCAUCUGAUCUGUCACCAGCUCCACACUCCCAAAAGUUUAAUGUCAGGAAUUAGUCGGCGAGUAUCUUCGUUUUUCUUCACUCCCUCACAAGAAUCUAUCAAGAUAGUCCAAUCAUUCACCAAACCAACAAAGAUUGUUGGCGAGUUUGAGAUGCUUAUUCUAACAAGCAACUCCCUGCAACAGUGGAAAGUAUCUGCAGGAAAUACAGAGCAAGCCACAAUGCAGAUGGUUAAUGAAAUGGACUUGCAAGCAGUUCUGGCACCAAAACUCAAAACUAACAACAGCAGUAGCAGUGUGAAAAUCUGGCCCCUAGAUGUCAUGCGCGCGUCACGAAAAAAACAUGUAACUUGCCUGGUUGGAUUUUCUCAAUCAGAAUCAACUGUGAAAUUUGCUUUGUGUGUUUUCACUGAUCUAGGCAAACAAGAUGUAGAUAUCGUUAUGAUUGAGCAUUCAAGUGUAGCAGAGGUAUCUGACCCUCACUACUACCCAAGUUACAAAUUAGUGAUUGAGGAUCCUUCAUCAAGGUUCAUAGAUCACAUAGCUAUAUGGUGUGGGGAGCAACUUAUCCUGAAAAGUUUAACUGUAGAUGGAAGAAGCAAAAUGGAGGAUACAAUUCCUUUCAGCAACUCUGGUGAUAAACUUGUUGGAGCCGGACAGUGUGAUGGAAGAUACAUCUUCCUCAGCAUCUUCAAUGCUCUGCUCACUUGCUCUUCUUCCCUCCAGAGCAAACUCCCUCCUACUCUUGAAGAUUCAAUCCUUAACUCUUCUCUAUCUUCCACAAUGCCAUCUCUGGAUAACUCCUUGAACAGCAUACCGGGCACACCAGUGAUGACCCAAGCAAGAAUGGAGCAUUUGGAAACCAGUGGCAACACUGCUCAAAAGCUACAAGCUGCUUUUCUCUACUUUUGUCGAAAUAACCUUAGGCAAGCACAAUCAUUAGUAGACGAAGUCUUCCCAGAAGAGAAGUCAAAUCACCUCCUGGAUGGAGCUGUUGCAGUGGUGAGCACUGAUCUAUUAGAUGAUUAUCCUGCCUCGGAUCCAAGAUGGGCGGAAUCUGUAUCAGGUGCUGCAUCUGAAUACAGAGGAUCUGCCGGCUCUGUGAUUCUAAUCCACCAGUUGCAGGACAAACAAAAUGCUCAUUCUAUGUUCUUGAAAUUUUUAUCUGAGGUUGGGAUAUGGCAUCGCCUAACCACUAUAUCCCAUGGACAAAGACGUAACUCCACACGUUGGUUGCUGAGUGAACACUCAGAAAAACUGUGCGCUGCCAAUAACCUGCUGCAGAAACAUUCAAGUCACCAAGGUAUUGUGGACGCUGCUGUUAGAAAAGUGCUUGAUGCUAGAGGUACUACUGCCACACAUGGAGGACUCACUGCUAAGGAUUAUUUCUAUCGAGAAGUUUCAAAAAUAGAAGAAAUUCUUGAAUAUUUGAUUGAAGCCGAGGUCAAAUCGCUGUCCAAUUCUUCUCUAUCUUCUCAUGAGCGAUUUUCCAUCAUCUUGGGAGUUAAUGCAGUUUUUGAGGCAAUGCUGUUAAGUGCUUUAAAUUACCGACGCACAAAAACCCUUACAUUUGAAGACAGUGCGGCUAAAAAAGAAUUCAUUCCAUGGACUGUAGGAUCUGGUAGAGUGAGUGUUAGAACCAUCAUAUCUGAACAACACAAACUCACAAUAGAAAUGGGAAUCCCGAAUGCUAACGACAACCAGCAGAGAUCAGCUCUCUAUCAGUCCCUAGUGGUGCUUACAGAUCUAGUAAUGGAGGGUUACAAGGAGCAGCUUGAAUCUCUCUCAAAGUCAGAAGAUUUAUCAUCAAGAUGGGCGGAAGUGAAAUCUCAGCAUGACCGGCACAGAUCUUUGCUUAUUAAACCUUUACUUGAAAUUGGGCAACUCGACAAAGCUGCUGCUCUUGCUGAAAAAUAUGAGGAUUUUGAUAUUCUUAUUCAAGUGUGUGAGGAAUCUGGUGGGAAUGAAAGAUUAAUGGCGUAUAUGAAGAAAUUCAUGGACCAGGGGUUUUCAGAAUUCCUUUUCAAAUGGUAUAUAGAGCACAAAGAAUACGAAAAACUUUUAUCAUGUUGUGAAAACUCUCCAAUACAAAACCAACAACUAACUAAGUUUCUUAAUUCUCAUCCAAAACUAGCGUGGAUGCACCAAAUCCAGUCAGACAAUUACACAAGUGCUCAGGAGACACUACAGCACCUUGCAUCUUUAGAAGAAGACUUAUGUGCUGCCAAGAAAACUUACCUUAGCCUUGGAAAACUUGCUGCUGUGUUUUCAGACCAACCUGAAACAAAGAUCAAAGAAAAAAUUGAAGAAUUUUCACAACAGCAAGAGUUAGUCCAAUACCAAGAAACUUUACCAGCAGUGGUGCUAGAGAGCAUGCAGACAACCAUUGACACUAUGCCUGUAUACCAACCUACCAAACUUAUACAGUUAUAUAUUGGUGAUGUGAACCAGAAUGCAAAUGAGGUUGAUUUCAAGAAAGCUUUUGAACUGCUUAGAUACCUCAGUGAUACAGAUGAAGAGAUGGAAUAUGAUGUUGAGAAAUGGAAACUGAUAGUCUGGUGUCGAGCUAUAUUAAAGGACAGGUGGGCAGACAUAGACGUGUCAAUGGACCCAUUUGAAUCGUGCAGCCAUACUGUAUUGUUUAAGACCUUACAACUCGCCCAUACCUCAGGUCUGUUGGGUGAGAUAGUACCCGAAGUCGAUGAAUUACUAUCAUGUGACGAGCUAAAAGAACUCCGUAAAAGCUCGAAAUUCGAAUAUUUACUCCGUGCCAGCUUUGAACGUAUUCAGCGGACUUUGCUUGCCGCUUCGUAAAAUGGCCCAUCUAUCUAUUUUUUGUAAUCUGGUAUGGUUUUGAUAUACCCUGCGUGUGUAUAGUGGAGUGGGGUAAGAUGGGAUAUGUUUUUGUUUCAUUUUCUCGUCACAUUUGGUAGUAAACUAAUUUUUUUUCACAGUUCUGUGCUCGUACCCUCGCGGCUCUAAAUGAGCGUUGUUAAUUGUUAAAAACACGAUCAGGAGAUAUGGGUUUUACGUGCUAACAAUAUUUCAUCUUAUCCCGCAGUACCAUAAAGUAGGGUGGGGGAGGAUUGGACAGUUUUUAGCACAUAUUAUCCAAAUAUCGUUUUAAACAAGUAACAACGGUCCCCGGGAGUCGUGACUCGUGAGAGGUUUUACGAUUCUUUCAAUUUCCUAUGUUUACUACAAAAAGGGACGAUAAAAUAGAUUGAAAAGGUGUUCCACCUUCCCACACUACUAUAUAUAUUGUAUUUUGCUUUCACACUGCCAAUAACGAGCACUGCUAGGCACAGUCUUGCGCACACCCUCUAUAAAACAGAUACGGGUCAGUUACGUACCUUAAAAUCUGUCGCAUCGUCGUUUCUAAUACAGUCUUUAUCAUUCUCUACAAAGAAGUAGUGCCAACACUUAAAGUUCCUGUAACAAACCCUCGGCUAUCAGCGUAAAUAAAACUGAACAAUUUUCAAGCCACCGGUUUUUGUCAUGCAAGUAAGAGGCAUAGUUAUGAACAUUUUCUAAGCUACAUUUUGUUAUGGACAUAAUUAUUAUUUCAUACAAUAUAGCCGAUAGGAAAAGU